AUGGCCUCAGCCGGGGGCUUGACUCGCCGACGAGGUGGCGGUCGAGUCGCUGGCGCAGACGAGAACGAUGACAGCAGAGUCUCCUCGCCAGUCUCCAGAAAUGGUUCUUCCUUGGACAACCGUAUCCCCGAGACGUCGUUCACCAGUGCCGAGAAUGGACACAAGAUCGCAUUCGACCCCAGAGACCUCAGCGAGACCGAGGAACGAAGCAAGCAGCCCAAGCUGACGUUGAUGGAGGAAGUACUACUGCUGGGGUUGAAAGAUAAACAGGGUUAUCUGUCUUUCUGGAACGAGAACAUUUCGUACGCUUUGAGAGGAUGUAUUGUGAUAGAAUUGGCCCUCCGCGGUCGUAUUAGCAUGCAGAAGGAUUCUUCUCGACGGCGCUUCCCCCUGGCCGAUCGUGUGAUUGAAGUCGUCGACGAUACAUUGACUGGGGAGGUCUUGCUGGACGAGGCGUUGAAGAUGAUGAAGUCGAGUGAGAAGAUGAGUGUGAACUCCUGGAUUGAUCUCAUGAGUGGUGAAACAUGGAACUUGAUGAAGAUUGGCUACCAGUUGAAGCAAGUGCGUGAACGUCUGGCGAAGGGUCUUGUCGACAAGGGCAUUCUUCGUACCGAGAAACGCAAUUUCCUCCUCUUUGACAUGGCUACACAUCCUGUCGCCGACGGCGGCGCGAAAGACGACCUCCACCGUCGGGUGCGCAAUGUGUGCAGCAAUCGAACUGUGAUUCUUCCGCCUAACCAGUGGCUUCCUGAGGACUCCGAGUUCCGCUACCUGCGGACGAUCACGAUGGUAUGCGCAGCUUACGCGGCGAACGUCUUGGAAAACGCUCUGGUCACAAUGAGCCAUGAGGCUCGGGAGAGAGCCUUUGCGCAGGUGGAUGAGUUACUGGCAGAGUACUCCCAGUGGCCAUUUGCCCGGCGGGCGGGUGGUUCGCAGGCAAUUGGAGCUAAUUUGGCGGGGGCAAUCAACGAGGAGGUGAACAAGGCCAAGGACAGAGAGCUUCAGUUGGAGAUUGUUGCAGCAUGUUUGAGCGUUUUCACUAGACUCGACUCCUUGCUUUAG